AUGUAUCUUUCCACUUUCCUCCCUCUCAUGGGAACCUUCUCCCUGAGUUCCGCACUCAACUUCCCACCCGUCCCUGGUAACAGAAAACCGGGAAUCACCCCCCUCGAACUCAAGCUCUCAUACCCCGACCCAAUCACACCGUUCGCAGGUAAUCGAGACCUCAUGAUCUCCGUCUAUUACCCAUCGCAACCAUCACGCAUAUCAACUCUAGCACCCGCAUACGACAGCGCGUACGCAAAGUAUCUAACCGCCUCCCUCGGUAUAACACCCGGAUUCAUCGAGACCGUAAUCUCAAACGCCUAUGGCGGCGCGAAAAUCAGCGACGGGGUGGGAGAAAGAGGGAAGGAAGUGAAGGAAGUACUUCUGUUUAGUGGUGGCUAUGGGCAAAGUAGAGAGGACUACGGAGCCACAAUCGCGAGACUCGUUAGCCGAGGAUAUGUGAUAGUAUCCGUAGACCACCCCUUCGACUCAAACUUCGUCGCUUAUCCAGAUGGUCACAACGCCACACUCGUUUCCUCUCAGCCAGUGGAUCCCAUCGCAGCAGCGGACUCAGCAAUCGACAUACGAGUCAAAGACCUCCAAGCCGUGACUGCAGCUCUACGCGAUAAACACUUCGUGAAGCAAAUCCCAGGCACGGACAACAAACUCGAUAAGCCCUCCAGAAUAUUUGGGCAUUCAUUCGGUGGAGCCGCCGCAGCAUCCCUCAUGUCCCAAAACAAGGAACUAAAAUGCGGCAUCAACCUCGAUGGAACAUUCUGGGGGAACGUCCCCGUCAUCUCUGCGUCGCUCUCCCCGCGUCCCUUCCUCACCUUGGCGAGCGAUGGCCACAAUGCUGUCACCGAUCCCUCAUGGGCACUCUUCCGCGCAAGUGGAGGGAGGAAAGCAAGACAGGGGUUCUUUGGAAUUACUGGAAGUAGUCAUCCUGCGUAUACCGAUUUUGCGUACCUGUAUGGAGUUCUUAAGAAGAGUGGAAUUCCGGGGGUUCCUGAUCUUGGAAAUACGUUUGGGACGAUUGAUGGGGCGAGGAUGUUGGAGGUUGAGGGGACGUUGUUGGAGAGGUUUUUUGAGAGGUGCUUUGAGGGUGAGGAUGAUCCGUCCAAGGGCCUUGGUAGGGGAUUAGCUGAAGUGGUUGCUCAGUGAGAGUGAGAGGAGAGAAAAGUGGCAAUGUCUUGUAGGGAUAACAGGUUAUGAUAAUACUUUCCAAAGACUCUCUAAUUUCUCAUUCUCCCUUGACAAACAGUAUAAUGGCGGUGUUUGAACCCACUAUGGCAACUAUCAAGAAGAGCUGGGAAAGAAAUUUCAUGGACAUACAGGAUGUUUACUCAUGGCGAUCACGAAGUUUUGUCGGGGAUGCGAGCGAGAAUCUUCAUUGGUGGGUCUAA